AAUGCGAAUUUGUCUAAAUCUGUUAUCCUUCAAGCUAAAUUCAAUUGAAGCUGUCAUAGUAUGGACGGUUAUCGUAAUUACAAUCUAUCAACUUUGUGCUUCUUGAUAUUAUAUCCGUUGAGAUGGUUGGGGAGCCUCGUGGUACGGAUUUGAGAGUGUUUCUAGGUGUUUCCCAGGAGCAGGAACCAUGCUCAGCACUCUGGGUGUUGACAAAGAAAAAUGACAAAUACUGGAGAUGUCGCAAUUUAACGAGAUUAUCCUUUGCGUGCUAUUGAAUAUUUUAUAUUUUCAUUAUAGCUAUGAGCCCUACAAUUACAUAUAAUAUAGGACAAAUAUGUCGCAAAUUGUGACCGGCCUGUCUUACCGCUGUCAAAUACUCAGUCAAGAACGUUACGAGUUGAUACGUUUACCUACCUUACAUGGCAAUCAUCAACAUGCGAGUCUCUACCCUACUAGUCAUCCUGCUACUGAACAACGGUUCCUGCACAAGUCAUGUGACUGGAGAGGAAGCCGGUUCUACUGAACCCCCCAAACACGGGUAUCACAGGAAAGAUGCCAGGGAUAUUGAUCAUGAUAUUGAUACGUUUUACCACAAGCCUUUGAGAGAUUAUGAGCCUGUUAAUACUGAGAGAACAGAGUUCACAACUAGCUACCUCACCACCGAACCCCAAGAGUCUAGGAACAAAUAUACUAUUGAUUACCAAGAGGCUUCCAGAAGAGGGAGAUCAGAGGUAACUAUACAGUUGCUCCCCCUUCUUGAAACUGCAGAAAAGUUUAUAUCGGAACGGCUCAUGGUUGCAAUCGAGUACAACAAGAAAAUAAGACGUAUAAGAAAGGUUUGGGGCGGAAAAGUAAAGCUGAUGGGGAACACUGUUUACGUUACAACGGACAUCAGAUUCUCUGUUGCCGAAGCCAUACACAGUUUUGGCUACACGAUUGAGUACAGAGGAAGAGGAUCCUCUAAAAACUACCCCGUCUACAUGGAAGUCAGGUCGGCUGACGAUUUCUGAGACCUCUCUCAUUCUCUCUCGAACUAAUACUCGUGGUUACCUAGUGGAGACCGUCCCCGAUCACGUGAUUUAACGAAGGUGCAAAUAAAGGCAAAUGAGAAUUGUCAGAUUAUUGUGCGGAUGAACGCUGAGCUCUGUUGGUCGUACAUAAGAAAUAUGAACAUUAAUUUGACAUCGAAAGAUAUAAUAAAUUUGAGGCGUAGACUCUGACUAUUUUUCCGUAAAUAUUGAUACUUCUGAAAGGUUCUAGUUGCAGUAAAAAUAUGAUUAAAUCUUUACGCGGUUAAUCAUGCGGUGAUAAAAUAUUUGAUCAGAUAGAUUAGGAUUUGACUGACUAAUAUCCAGGAGAUGACAAAUGUCCGUUAUUAUAGAUUAACCUUUAGGAUAGUGGUCAGAUCUUCUACUGAAGUUAAACCUAGCUCAAACUAAUUGAGGAUCAGCGCCUGAAUGCCGUAUUUGAUAAUAUUACCGAAGGUGAUUAUGUAAAAUUACAACGAUUAAUUCUAACCCAUGGAAAUACAAAGUUUCCCGGAAGGCGACCCGUUUAGUAUACUUUACGUUUUACGUUUAGAUUAUUCAGCAAGCAUUCUUGUUUCCUAUUCGACAAGAAAAUCGAUGAUAUGAAGAUUUAUUGAGCCCCUGAUUUUUAUUCAAAUAUUUUGUAUCUCGACUCUUUUAAGAUGAGACUGAUAGGCUGGAAGAAGGAACUUUACCGAAGCUUUCAGACUGGCUUUAAAAAUGGGGUACUGAAAUUCUAGAUGACUGAUCAACCUUAAUUGGAUUUAUCAUAAUGAUAAACUAUACUGUUGAGUGUUGAGUCAAUUACGAUAAAGUAUCUUCGGCCAUGCGUGCAGGAGUGUCAAUAUGCGUUUGUUUACAAAUAUAUUUUAUCGGGCCUUACUGACUAUAUUAGGUAGCCCAGAUAUAAUUGUACGAAUAUUGCCAUUUUCAUAUCUUUAAUCCAAAUUGCCACGCUUUAUCAAGGACACAGGGAGCAUUCAUUAGGGUUUUUUUGACAUUGAUGAAUGAAUAAUGGAUUAUGGAAUGGAAAAUAUUUGAGUUUUAACAAUUUGUUUAUAUGAAUGAGAAUGACAACUGUACGAAUGAUUGCGAUUUUCUAUUUUUUGAAAUAAAUUAAAUUUAUUAUUUUAGAUUUA